UGAUGCUCGUCUCACCUUGAGUUCAAGGUAAGAAUAAAUGCCAGGAUAUUAUAUAUUUUAAAUUCGAACGUUUUUAAGAGUUUAUGCCACAACACUGAAAUCUAUUGAGCACAUUUGAACUUUAACAUUUUGGUUUUUCACUUUAAUUAAACAAAAUGUUCAUAUUUUUGUAUUUACUCAAUGAAUUCACAAUUAUUUAACUAAAAGCAAAAUAGCCCAUAGGCACUUACAUUGCGAUCUAAUAGGCUACAAAUGUUUGAAUCAUUUACAUAAAUGGCAUUUCCAAAUAUGAUAAUGAACUGCAUUUAUUUUACAAUUAUGGAGAUGAAGCUGCUUCAAGAUGAUGAAACCAACAUAGCUCGCCAGACUAAACCAAAUAAGGUAAGAAUUGAGAGUACAGCCGAAAUAAUAUUAGAAAUGUGCUGAAAGCAAGCGACAUAAGUUUAACCCGUUUCUCCUGUAUGUUCAUCACAUAGUGGGAAACGAGAGCCAACAGGUGUCCGUUUUCUAUACCUGUGUGUAACGUGAAGGAUGGCUCAAGUCUCAAUGACAUGUUGCACCACCAGGCAGUCAAGGUGCGUUUACAGUUUGUGAUGCUUUGUGUGUGGCGUGUUACCGUACCGCAAUUUAUUUGCUUGACUCUUUUGUUUAAAUUAUGAAGCCGCGCAUCAAUUUUAGUGUUUUCUAUUUCAUAAAAGAUGGAACACUAUAAAAUAAAGCAACAACUUUGAAUUGAAACGUUCUUAUUUUAUUUCAUAUGCAGAACCAACCAUGCACAUCUAAAGUUUGUGAAGGUUCUGUCAUGACUCCGAAGUCACUAAUGCGCUGUCCCAAAGAUGCUGCUCUUGAAAUCCUACCUCAGGCUAUCGACCUAAUCAACCAAUACUACAAGUCCUUCAAAAUGUAAGUAAUACGUGUAAUCCUUCUCUAAAGACGAUGACGAUUAUUAUUAUUAUUCCAAAAUUGUGCAACCCAUUGCCGGACACCACUAAGCGCAGAAUCUGUAAAAUACACACUGUUGGUUAAAAUUGCAAUAUUGUUUAAUGCCUUAUAGGCAUUUAUAGUUUGUAGCCUAUAUUUUCUGUCCUUCAUUUAAGAGCCUUUAUAAACCCUUCACUGUACAAGGCCUUCAUAGAUGCUUCAUAAAUUAUGACAGUAUGGGAAAAUAGUUAAGCCAGUUAUCAUUUAUAGCCUAUUGUACGAAUUUGCUUAGAUAAUUUAUGAAGCAUCUAUGUGGGCCUUAAAAAAGGUUUGUAAUGAGAAAAAAAUAUCCCCUCUAUAUUGUAUUAUUUGUUUGUUUUCCAUGAUUUACACAUAUCCUAAUUUAAUCCCAAAUGCAUAGCCCCAAAAUUGAACACCACCUCGCCAGAUUGGAGGAAAUUGCUAUGGAAAUAGGUUCCACAGGAACCUAUCAGCUGACUAUGGAGGAAUUAGUGUUUGGGGCUCGACAAGCAUGGAGGAACGCCCCAAGAUGCAUCGGCAGGAUUCAGUGGUCCAAUUUACAAGUAAGAAAAACAUACAAGGCAGAAGAUACAUUUCUGUUUCUCAUGAUCUAUUGGGUAUCAAUAUCAGUAUCUAUUCUAUUCUAUUCUUCUAUGUGUUUUUCAUGCAUGCACAUGGGCGUGUGGGAUAUGUUCUAUGUGUAGGUUAGCCUAAUUAAUUAUGUUUAUUGGAUUGUUCUGCAGUUGUUUGAUGCCAGAAAGUGCAAGACUACUCAGGAUAUGUUCCAGUUUCUGUGCGAACACUUACAGUUUGCCACAAAUGGAGGAAACCUAAGGUAAACAAACACAGCACAGCGCGAUUGUAAUUGAAAGGUAAUUUUCGAUUGACCCAUCAUAUGCAGCUUUUACGUGAAAGCAGUCUCUGCGAACGCGGGAACAUUGCCUUUUAAUUUAAAUCGGGCUAUAGCGUGCAUCUUCGACGCACGGAUUGAAUCUAGGUCUAGGUGACCGACAGACCUACUUUCUGAGGUAGCCUAACUACCAGCAUUCUUCGUGAAACAUGAAAGGAUUGGAAGUAUGAUAUAAUGAGGCAGAGGGCAGAAAACACUAAGUAAAGAUAAUCUCUUCAAAACAAGACUCUCAACUCUGUGCAGUGGUGGAAAAAGUACUCAAUUGUCAUACUUGAGUAAAAGUAAAGAUACCGUGAUAUAAAAUGACUCAAGUAAAAGUGAAAGUCACCCAGUAAAAUACUACUUGUGUAAAAGUCUAAAAGUAUUUGGUUUUAAAUAUACUUAAGUAUCAAAAGUAAAUGGAAUUCCUCAAGUGUAGUUAAGUAUCAAAAGUGAAAGUAUAAAUCAUUUCAAGUUCCUUAUAUUAAGCAAACAAGAUGGCACAAUUUUCUUUUCUUUAUUGAUGGAUAGCCAGGGGCACACUUCAACGCUCAGACAUAAUUUAAGAAUGAAGCAUUUGUGUUUAGUGAGUCCGCUAGAUCAGAGGCAGUGGGGAUGACCAGGGAUGUUAUCUUGAUAAGUGUGUGAAUUGGACCAUUUUCCUGUCAAAAUGUAAGAGUACUUUUGGGUGUCAGGGAAAAUGUAUGGAGUAAAAAGUACAUUAUUUUCUUUAGGAAUGUAGUGAAGUAAAAGUUGCCAAAAAUAUAAAUAGUAAAGUAAAGUACAGAUACCUCAAAAAACUACUUAAGUAGUACUUUAAAGUAUUUUUACUUUAGUACUUUACAACACUGACUGUGUGUGAAGUUAGAAAUGUGUAAAAUGUAAACUACAGGUUUGUUCCACUAACUGUGAGUCACUCACUAACUGUAAGUCGCUCUGGAUAAGAGUGUCUGCUAAAAUACUAAAAUGUAAAUGUACAAAUGUAAAAUAUAUUCUGCUAAUACACCUGUCUCACGCGUUAUUUCUUGCACCUUUACUCCGUGAGGACAAUACUGUAGGUCAGGGGUCCCCAAUUACAUUCAGCUGUAGGCCGAUUUUUUCUUGAGCGGUUGUUCGGGGGGCCGGAACAUAGUCAUAAAUAAUUUGUACACUGCAUAUUGACCGCAAGAAUCCCAAACAGAUAUAGUAUUUGACAAAAACUGAAUAAUUUCAAACCUUGAUUACGUUGGGAUACGGUCACAUAUGCCUCUCUAUUUAUGCGUUGGAAUACUUGGGAACAGAUUUCUUAAAUUAAAAUCACUUUGAGCUGAUUUCCUAGUGAUUGUAUUGUACAAAAAUUAUUAGGCUAUUUAUUUAUUUUUUCCUCAGAAAUCUUGGGGCGACAAAUAAAAUCUCCCAUGGGCUGCCUAUUGGGGAACCCUGCUGUAGGUCAUUCACUCUGUGAUGGGCCAGUUUCUCAAAGUCCUUCCAUUAAUAUUUCAGUUUGUCCAUAUAUGUUAUUACAGAUCUUCUUCUUGUGUCUUAUUUAUUUCAGGUCUGCAAUUACCAUCUUUCCUCAGAGAAAGGAAGACAGGCAUGAUUUCCGGGUGUGGAACAGCCAGUUGGUGAAGUAUGCAGGUUACCAGAUGCCUGAUGGCAGUAUCCAGGGAGACCCAUCCAGUGUAGAAUUCACUAAGGUACUAUAUCUAGUAGCUAUAGCCACCAGGCUCCACCCCAGCUAUUUCAAUAACAUUCAUUCAAACAUCUAGGAUUGAGCAUUUUAGGCUCAGAUACUGUAUGUGCUCGUUUGAAAGUAUACAUUUUAAAAAGUUACUGUUACUUUUGUCCUGUGUUCUUAAAGAUCUGUAUCCAGCUUGGAUGGAAACCUCAGUACGGCCUCUUCGAUGUGUUGCCACUAGUACUGCAGGUCAACGGGGAGGACCCAGACCUUUAUGAAAUCCCUCCACACCUGAUCCUGGAGGUUCCCAUGGAACACCCCCAGUGAGUGACUUUAGCCAUGUUUCUAUUGGAUGGUUAUCUAAACACACUUUUGAGAACAAAUACAAUGUCAAGCCUGCAGAUAGUUAUCAUAGCUAUUUCCACAACAUACAAUGACUUUCAUUGGCAAAGAGAUGUUGCUAGGUUACGAUACCACUACAUAACAGUUAUGUUAUGACACACGUGUAUGCAAAUCCGUUUGAUUCCAUACUAGAUUUGCCAUUGAUUGGAUUCAUUAGAGACACAGUAUUCAGACCAUUAGAGACACAGUAUUCAGACCAUUAGAGACACAGUAUUCAGACCAUUAGAGACACAGUAUUCAGACCAUUAGAGACACAGUAUUCAGACCAUCAGGUCUCCAUAGCCAUGGGGAUGUUUUUAAGUAGUAGUUAUCUAAUUAAAUCAAUGUGUUAUGUGGCUGCCUGGGUAAAUUCAAACCAUUGCCCCCAGUCGUUCAAGAGCUCAAGGUUUUUUAAAUCAGCCGUCUGAGGAACGGAGCUGAAUGGGAGAGAGUGAAGAGCUCUAUAGAACUUGUCUACGCGGCACGUUCCUUUAUCCAAAUAGUUUCCCAAAGCCAGGUCUAGGAGGGCCCAAUGACCUGUACCAUUUUCUUUUAUUUAAAUGUCUAACCACUCCAAAGUGGUCCUUCAUUCGUUUCACUGGACACAAUACUGAGUUGAGUCAAGUGUUUCAAGCACCUUUGGUAGAGUGAGCACAACUGUGUGUGUAACUCAUUGUGUAUGAAAAAGAUGUCACAUUGAGGACUGAAUGAUUCACUACAGAAACUAACCACAUCUAUCCUAGUGGUGGUGUUUUUUGGUCAUGCUCUUUUAUAUAUUAUUAGCAGAUAUAUUGUGUUGAUCUUUCAUCACUAGGCAUAAGUGGUUCCAAGAUCUUGGACUGAAGUGGUAUGCUGUGCCUGCGGUGUCCAACAUGCUGCUGGAGAUUGGUGGACUUGAAUUCACAGCCUGUCCCUUUAAUGGCUGGUACAUGGGCACUGAGAUUGGCGUGAGGGAUUUCUGUGACUAUCAGCGUUAUAACAUCUUGGAGGUAAGGCUCACUUUCACAGGUAAUCUCUAUGACUACCGCACAGGGUUGUGCUCUGCAGGAUUAGCAAAUGUUUUGAAAUGGAGGAGGUAACCUCAUCUGGAAUAACCAAAAAGCGAAUUUUCUGUUUAAAAAUGUUUUCUUGUUUCAUGCCUCUGUAACAUAACCCUGGCUGACUUGAUAAUGAUGCAAUGGUUGAGAAUGUUUUGGCUUCCUGCCCGUACAGGAAGUGGGUCGCAGGAUGGGCCUGGAGACACACAAGCUGUCCUCACUGUGGAAGGACCAGGCCUUGGUGACCGUCAAUGUUGCAGUCAUAUACAGUUUCCAGGUAACCUAUGACUUUCACGUAUACAGGGCCAAUCCAAAGGCAUGUUACCAUUUUUUCUCAUCUUUUUCAACUGUUACCAUGCACCUGCAAAAAAGAUAGCUCAGAUGUGCGAGUGCCUUUUGAAUUAUGUUAUUCCCAGUAGAAAUCCCAAGUUAUGUUGUUGUUGUUUUGUUACAUAAUUUGUUUUUUUAAUACCUACAAUUUUAAAUAAGAUGGUUCCAUCCCAUAAUAUUUAGCCAGAGGAUGCUACACUACAAUGAAAACUGUUCAGCCGUCAACUGGAGUUUUCCUUGAGAUAAAUGCACUCCUUUUGUCUCAUUACUGUACGCUGCAGAAGAACAGGGUGACCAUCACAGACCACCACUCUGCAGCCGAGUCCUUUAUGAAGCACAUGGAGACAGAGUUCCGGCUGCGCGGCGGCUGCCCUGCAGACUGGGCCUGGCUGGUUCCUCCCAUGUCUGGCUCCCUCACCCCCGUCUUCCACCAGGAAAUGGUCAACUACAUUCUCUCUCCCUUCUUCUACUACCAGGUAGAUACUGAGACACCAUCUUGUAUUGUGCAUAGUAUAUAGGCUAUGUCAUUCAUCUGGUUAAGCUCCACCUUACAGAAUUACAGGGGAGUUGCUAUAUGACCGUCUGUGACUGUUGUUGUUGUUGUUUGAAGCCCGACCCCUGGUUGACCCAUGUCUGGAGAAAUGCGGAGAAGUGCCUGAGGAAGCAACAGAUCAGCUUCAAAGCUGUGGCCAGGUAAUCUUCCAUGGACUAUGACACCCAUAUCUGUAAUGCUUUAUAAACACAUUCAUGAUGAGUUAUAAAUUAUAAUGCAGUCCUAAUCAUAUCAUUGACAUAGCUAUAAAUGCACAUAAUGGUUGAGGUUGCGCUAAUCCAUGCUCAUAAUGCAUUACAAAGUAUUAUCAUUCAUGUCUGGUUCCCUCCUAUAGGGCGGCGCUCUUUUCUUCAACCCUUAUGAGAAGAGUGCUGGCUAACAGGGUGCGCUGCACUGUCCUGUAUGCCACUGAAACAGGGAAAUCACAGACAUUGGCCCAGAGACUGAACUCCAUGCUAAACUGUGCCUUCAACUCCAGGGUAGGAGAUCCAUCUCAUCUCUAUGAAGGCUGAUAAGGGGCCUUCUGCCUCAGGCUAAUAUGCUUCAGGGCAUUUGUGUGUAUUAACCACUGUGAAUCAAUGUAAAACUGUAGUUUAAUUGGAACCUAAAUGUAUGUGAGUACUAUAUUGAGCUCAUUCUGAGUUAAUUUACAGAAUACGUAAUGGGGAGUUAGCUAGCUAGUAAUAAUGGUGCUGAUUGAGGUAACCAUGGUAAAAUCCAGUAUGAAAAUGUAUGCACUCACUAACUGUAAGUCGCUCUGGAUAAGAGCGUCUGCUAAAUGACUAAAAUGUAAAUGUUAUCUGCUUGUACAUUAUACAAUCUGUUGAUGUCUUAAGUCACUACUGUCCUCAAAAUGCAGAAUUACACAAAGUUUACAAAGUUAACUAAAGCUGCUCUGUAUAUAUUUAAAGUUACUCUGUAUGGAGGACUACAACUUCAGUGACAUGGAACAGGAGAGCCUUCUGGUUGUGGUAACAAGCACCUUUGGGAAUGGAGACUCCCCUGGAAAUGGAGAGGUGUGUUUUUGUGUAUUUUGAAGAUAUUAACAAUAAUAUUUCCCCCCACAUUUAUAAAAUAUAAUGUCUCAAUAUUCAACACAUGUUAAUAUUUAUUUCCCUAGAGUUUUAAGAAGCAGCUUUUCUCCUUGCAGUAUCUUAGGAACAAGUUAAGGUGAGUAGUAUCUCAAGCAUUUCUCUCUGCAUUGUCCUCUCCGUACUGGGCUGUACAUGUACAUGUCUUUAAGAUGUACUAAUUUGAUGAAGUGGCAGCUUGACUACAGUCUCUGACACCUCUCUUUGGUUUUGAAACUGGUCUUAUCCCCCCUCUCCUCCCCUAGGUACUGUGUGUUUGGGCUGGGCUCCAGGAUGUACCCACAGUUCUGUGCGUUCGCCCAUGCCGUGGAUGCCAAGUUGGAAGGAGCUGGGGGCAGAGCGGGUGACGCCCACUGGAGAGGGGGAUGAACUGAACGGACAGGAGGAGGCCUUUUCUGUCUGGUCUCUCACUGCUCUCAAGGUGGGCGGACAAGGGAGGAUGCCUCUCUGUCUUAAAAGUGGAACUUAGCUACGUGUCGACGAUCAUGUUUGCAGUAUAUUUUAUAGUAUACAUAUUAACAUACUCCUGGUAUGUCUACUAUAUGCUCAAGUAACAUUACAAAAAAUACCUGUUAUGAUCUUUACUCUCAUAAGCAUUUGCAUAUCAUAUUGAUCUACAUAGUGUUUUUAAUCAUUGAGUCUAAGGACGCUUUCUCUGAUUCCAGGAUGCCUAUAAGGAGUUCAACAUCCAGGGACAGCUGAGUCUGCAGUUCCCUGGGGCAGAGCGACUCUGCGAGGCCUGGGACCCCCUGAGAUACCGCGUAGCACUGGAGAGCUGCCCCCAGGACCUCAUCACAGGUACUACACCUGGGCCAGGGGAUGGACAUUUGACAAGGGACUGGUGUAGCACUAUAAAGCAUUAUAAACUAGUCUUGUAUUUCAGUCAGCAAGUUGUAUGUGAUGAUUUUCACUGUCCUCUCUUUCACAGCACUUUCAGCCAUUCACUCUAAAACUGUCUUCCCCAUGAAACUGAAGAGCAAACAGAAUCUACAGAGCCCCCAUUCAAGGUUCAGUUCUUGUCAUCUAGCAUGUUAUUGUUGCAAUACUUUCAACGUUUUUGACAGGACUCCAUUUUGACAGGGUUUAAUUCAGCAUUGUCAUUUUUGUUUCUAGCCGGUCCACCAUUCUGGUGGAGCUGGAGAUGGAGAGAAGUGCAGAGGUCAUGAACUUUGCUCCAGGAGACCAUGUUGGUGUUUUCCCAGAGAAUCUCCCUCAACUGGUGGCUGGCAUCCUAAAGUUCCUUCCCCAUACGCCCCCAACCAACCAGUGCCUACGACUGGAAUACCGCUCUGACUCCUGCCUAGGUACAACACUAUUCAUUAAUAAUGGUGCUGAUUGAGGUAACCAUGGUAAAAUCAGAUUUUUGUGAGGAAGACAUCGUUUUCGAAAAAUUGGCACUGUUAAAAUUACUCUGCAUUUCUAUAUCCCAAAAGAUGACGAGAAAAACUGGCAGACUGUCGAACGCAUCCCAGCAUGCACUUUGUCUCAGGCGCUCACCUACUUCCUGGAUGUGACCACGCCCCCCUGUCAGAACCUCCUCCACAAGCUCUCUCAGUUGGCGAGACAGGACGGGCACCACCAGCGUCUACUGACCUUGGCAAAGGUAACUUCUGUUUGUCUCCAAGACUAGUGUUCAUUAUUGUCUUUUGAAAUAAAAAUGAAAUAUAUCAUGAAAGAAGAGGCUUUGACGUACCACCUAUUGGAAUUGUAUAGAAUUUAAGAAAAUAAAACAUUAUCCGUACAUGUAGCGCUAUUUCAUACAUAGAACUCUGUAAGCCUAUGCUCUUUCCAAAAAAUUGUAUCAACAGAUAUUUUGCAAGUUAUUUAGCUUCUGUCUUCAUUUGCCUUCAGGACUCUCGGGAGUACACGACCUGGAAGACGUUCGGCGUUCCCACCUUCCUGGAAGUUCUGGAGGAGUUCCCGUCUUUAGAACUCUCUGCAGCCUUUCUCCUCAGCCAGCUGCCCCUGCUCAAGCCCCGCCUCUACUCCAUCAGCUCCUCUCCUCAGCUCCACCCCAACGAGCUACAUCUCACUCUGACAGUGCUCAACUAUCACACACAAGGUACAGGACAUUAGAUUUCACAUUUUGGACAUUUAGCAAACACUCUUAUCCAAGGUACAGGACAGGGCAACUCAACUUAGAAAUGACAAUACAUCAGUUAUCAAAUGCUUUGAAAGGAAUCUGAACUGCUAUCUCUUGGCUAUGAAAGUAACUGUACUGUAUUUUUCUGGACUGUUCUUCCACUAGAUGGACAGGGUCCUCUUCACCAAGGGGUCUGCAGCACCUGGCUGGAUACCAUUAAGAAAGGAGACCUGGUACCAUGUUUCAUCUACAGGUAUAGAACAUACUGUAACAUACUGUAUAUCAGUAGGCUGGUACACUCUUCAAUUGCACCAAAUGCUAGGUUGUAACCUAUCCCCAAUUGAUUGAGAUUCUUAUUUAAAGUGAAGCUAACUGAUUAUGUGUUAUUGUUUACAGUUCAGGUGGGUUCCACCUCCCAGCAGAUCCCAGCACUCCAGUCAUUCUGGUGGGGGCUGGCAGUGGCAUCGCGCCCUUCCGAAGCUUCUGGCAACAACGGCUACAUGACAUGAAACACCCAGGUAGUGUGUGUGUGUGCCUGUCUGUGUGUCUGUCUGUGUGUCUGUUGAUACAAUCUCUCUGACCUUAAGGGCUAUGGUUUUGUCUUGGCAGGUUUCUCUGGAAGUCCUAUGAGCCUUGUGUUUGGCUGCCAGAGUUCAGAGACAGACCAUUUAUACAAAGAGGAGACACUGGAGAUGAGAAGGCUAGGGGUCCUGAAGAGUGUUACAUCCACAUAUUCCCGCCAGCCAGGUCACCCAAAGGUACUGUUGCAUGAAGUCAUUUUGAAACAAAUCAUGUACUGAGUGAGCGUUUGAAAAGCUUCAUUGAAUCUGAUUGGCUUGAGAUUCAAGUGAAGGUUGAAGCUUAAAAUGGUUCCUAUCUCCCUGUACUGUGCCUCCUAUUCCUAACCUUUGACCUCUGUGUGUGAGCAGGUCUAUGUCCAGGAUGUCCUUAGGGAGAGGAUGGCAGGGGAGGUGCUGAGUGUGUUGCACCAGAAGGAGGGUCACCUCUACGUGUGCGGGGGUGUGAACAUGGCCCAAGGAGUUACUCUAGCAGUACAGGAUAUUCUGAGCAGCCAGCUUGGCAUCACCCUCACCCAGGCAGGAGAAUACCUGGCCCAACUAAAGGUUGGUUCACCUUUCCUCUCAAUCACUAAUAUGAAAACUAAUGUGUAAUAAGUGGACAGUGUUUCACAGUGCUUUUAUGGUUUGUAUUUUUGUUUCUUUAUUUGCAGAUUCAUAAGAGGUACCAUGAGGACAUUUUUGGAGCCCAGUUUCAGAAGUGAGGUGGUCGGGCUCUGUUGGCUUGUGUGAAUAAACUCAAUGGAUGGAGAAAGAUCUACACAUAACAUGCAUUUUUCUCUCUUCCUGUGAUGCCCUGUUUUUGUUUUUGGUGAUAGAUUAUGAUUGUCACUUUGGAACAUGUAUGUAGCUGUUGGUGGUCCCAAAUAAACCAGCAGGCCAUCCUUUGGCCCUCUGCUUGAAAAAGUACCACAUUUUACAGUUUUCACUUUAUUUAUUUUUGCACUGUAAGUAUAAUUCAAAGAGAAGAUUAUAACAUUUACAUUCACGUGAUGAUAUUAAAGAUUGAAUAUAGAUGCAUAGGUGAUAAGUCUAUGUAGCGUUUGUGCAAUAUAACAGAAUGUACAGGAAUGUGGGAUUGUUGAAUCUGAAUUAUAAAUAAUGGAAAUAUGCUUGUAUACAGAAUGUGUUUUACAUGUUGUGAAC